CACAAUGGCCACCUACAUGCGGGAUUUCAACGAACGCUAUGUUACGCUCUCCAAGGGAGUAGACGAAACCAUUGACCGCUGGUUCCUGAUGAGCUCUCCGGGCCCAGUAUUUAGUAUAGUGGCGGUGUAUUUGCUAUUUGUACUGAAAAUCGGACCCACGUUCAUGAAGAACCGUAAGCCAUACCAACUGAAGAAUAUUAUGAUCGUGUACAACGCGUUCCAGGUGUGCUAUUCGAUAUGGAUGUGUCGCACGUCGAUCCGCGAAGGCCGUAUUGCUGAAACACUAAUGUCAAAAAAAUGUGAAAUUCAUCGAACCCGCGAGCAAAGCCUCGCCCUAUAUUCGGGGGCUUGGUUCUAUUUUUUCUCGAAAAUCAUCGAUUUGUUGGACACCGUUUUCUUUGUGCUGCGUAAAAAGCAGAAUCAGGUGACGUUCUUGCACGUCUAUCAUCACACCAUCACCGCUUUGUUCUCGUGGAUGUAUCUGAAAUAUGCCCCCGGUGAACAAGGUGUUGUCAUAGGAAUCCUAAACUCCGGCGUCCACAUUGUUAUGUACUUUUACUACAUGGUUGCCGCAAUGGGUCCCCAAUACCAGAAAUACCUGUGGUGGAAAAAGUAUAUGACCAGCAUUCAGUUGAUCCAAUUCGUCCUCAUCAUGGCCUACAUGGUCACAAUUGCCCUGAAGGGUUGCAACAUGCCCAAGUCGCUGACAUUCUUCUUCAUAGCCAACACCAUGAUAUUCCUCUACCUAUUCGGCAACUUCUACAAACGUACCUACAAGACCAAGGAUGGUGGAGCCACCAAUGCUGCACUCCGCGCUGCCAAUGGCUUAGGCUGUGUACCAUCCAAGGCGUUUUUGUCGCAGGGCGACCAGAUGAAACGACUAAUCGACAGUAACAACAACACAAUGAAAUCUACCAAAGCUGAGUAGAUCGAGUGCAAGGUUCCGGGGGGU